AUGUUAAGUGCGCUGUGUGUGGCGGCAGGUUUCGGAGCCGCAGACACAACAGGUUUCUCGUCGACCGUGGCGGGGACGGAGACGGAGGCAGAGGCGAGGACUGCGGGGGAGGGCGGAGGAGUGGAUAGCGUUGGUCGCGCAGGCGACGACAGCGGCAUUUCCUGUCGCUCUGGAGCGACGUGGCGCUCGCGCGGCUCCUCCGCUGCACGGUCCGCCGUGGCAGGAAUCGAGUCGUUUGGCGCCAUUGAGUCCUACAAGAAGUUGGAGGUGCUCGGCGAGGGUUCUUACGCCACUGUCUAUCGCGGAUAUUCUCAUCUCACCAAUCGUGUGGUCGCUGUUAAGGAAAUUCGGAUUAAUCAAGAGGAAGGACUCCCUUUUACGGCCAUCAGAGAAGGUAAAGUCCUGGGUGCCUCAUUACUGAAGUCCCUGCGUCAUGCAAACAUUGUCACUCUUCACGACAUUGUACAUACAAAACUCACUCUCAAUUUCGUCUUUGAAUACGUGGAUUCUGAUUUGAGUCGAUUGAUGGAGAAAAAUCCUAAAGGUCUCAAACCCCAAAAUGUACAGUUACUUCUCUACCAAUUACUGCGUGGUUUGGCGUACUGUCAUGACCGUAGAAUACUACAUCGUGACCUAAAGCCCCAGAAUAUUCUCGUGUCGGCGAACGGCGAACUCAAAUUGGCUGACUUCGGCCUGGCUCGAGCCAAGUCAGUCCCGAGUCAUACCUACAGUCAUGAGGUUGUCACACUCUGGUACCGACCACCCGACGUUUUAUUGGGCUCCACGAACUACACCGCUUCUCUCGAUAUGUGGGGUGUCGGGUGCAUAUUUUUGGAGAUGCUUUCCGGUGACGCCACCUUUCCGGGUGUGGCAGACGCUGUAGAUCAACUGGACAAGAUUUUCAGGUACAUGGGUACACCUACGGAGGAGACUUGGCCCGGUGUCUCGAAGCUUCCAAAGUAUAAGAAUCUGCUAGGCAGGAAACCGCUAAACCACGUGGUACCGCGCCUCGGUCACAUCGCACAUGCCACCACCCUCGCCUCUGCCCUCCUCCAAUUGCCCCCCGAGCGACGCAUCACUGCUCGCGCCGCUCUCCGCCAUCCCUACUUCACCGUCUCCCUUCCGACGGCUCAACUCGCCUGCCUACCUGACACUAUGUCUAUUUUUACCAUUGCCGGACUGCGGAUGACCUCCGAGGACUCCCCGCCACGCUAUUCCAUCAGAAAUACAGGGAAAUCCCAGAAACAUCUCUCGUACAAUGACAAUGCCAACAUGACAAGUGAUAGCUCAACUAACACAUUCUCCUGCACGUCCUCCUCCUCCACCUCCCCCAAUUGCAUCCCUCCCUCUCCGGUCGACCGGCCAACCACUUCUCUGGAUGAAGAAAGAAAGAAGGAGCCUUCGUCCUCUCAAUGUUCGAAUCCGAUUCAUCCGCCGCCACCGCCAGUACCGCCGCUAUGGCCUCCGUAUCCAUUAUUCCCACCCCAUCAACAGCAUCAGCACCAGCAACAGCAGCAUCCCCAGAUUGGAACAAACUCAAGAGCGCCGUUUCUCCCCUUCUACUGUUUGCCGACCUACAUGUCCCCUUCGUCAGUCACCUCCACGACCCCGGGCCCACCCAUCCAAUCCUCCGCCUUCAUUCCCCUUCCAGUGCGACCGAUUCUAGCGCCCUGGGUACCUGCUUAUCCGGUCCCGCCAAACACAAGUACCAUGACAACUCCCACCUUAGAAAAAUCAGAUGCUUCACAAAUAUCGGUGCCGCUUGCAUUCCCCACCACAUCACCGGAUGUUGUGUGGAUGGUGCCGUGGAUACCCCAAUCCUUUUAUCCACCUGGCUAUCCCUUGGUUAGUCCUUCUGCUACCGUCUAUCCACCAACUACCAAUCCAGCUCAAAAGUCGGUUGCCCUGCAGACAGGCGAUUCAAUGAGUGACAACUCACAGACUGUCUACACCUUGGUCAAAGACAAAACGCGCGCAACGAGGAAUGUUCCAGUUGAGCCUGUUGGCAGUAACAUUAACAGCACCACUGCAACAAACACGGCUACUGCUGUUCAGCUCCCUUCCACAGAUACCGUAUCGGGAAUGGGUGACUCCAUGGCCGACAUCAGCUUCAGUUUUGCUUCGCAGCACUUACAGCGACAGCAACAGCAGCGUGGCAUGUUCCUCAGUAAUCAUUACGGACCUGAUAGACUACUUCGUGGGACCUCUGAGGCGGAAGUCACUAGAAGUGCCAGUUUUCACACGGGUGACCAAUUGAGAGUCGGAUCAUCUUCGGUGAUGCUUCGGAUGCCACGAUCACGAGCCCGCUAUCCCGGUGUCUACGUCUGGUCGUAUGGAGAGGAGGUGGAGGUUCAAGGGUUCCCAACUGGUCAGCGAACAUAG